CGUUGACUUAGAAAGAAACUGAGAGUCUGAGAGCACCAUUCUUUAACCAACUUCUCUUCCUCCCCUCCUACAACAAUCUCCAUCUUUUUCAUUGUCUUCUUCUUAUGUUUCAUCACAAUCAGUUCUGUAAUUCUUGAUCGUCACCUGAUUGUCUUGAUGUUCUUAUGUUCGAGUUUGAUUUAGUACAUAAAUUUGGUAUCUUGGAUUGGUAAUUGUUGACUCGAUUGUGGCAAGAUCAAGAUGUUGGCGAUGAAUGAGCGCAAGACUAUUCAUUUCGAAGAGGGAUGGGCGUUUAUUCAAAAGGGAAUGACCAAGCUGAAGAAUAUUCUUGAAGGAUUGCCAGAGCCACCUUUCAACCAGGAGGAGUACAUGUUGCUUUAUACAAUGGUCUAUAAUAUGUGCACGCAGAAGCCUCCAGAUGAUCACGCCAAUGAGCUUUAUGACAAAUAUCGUGAAUUUUUUGAAGAAUACAUUACCUUAACAGUUUUGCCCUCAUUCAGAGAUAAGCAUGAAGUGUUUAUGUUGAGAGAGCUUGAUAAAAGAUGGGCAAACCAUAAAAUCAUGGUUAGGUGGUUAUCUCAUUUCUUUAAUUAUCUUGAAAGGAUCUUUAUACCUCGGAGAGCUCUUCGACCCCUUAAAGAGGUUGGCUACUCUUGUUUCCAUGAUCUGAUUUACCUGGAAUUAAAUACAAAAGUUAGGGAUGCUGUAAUUUCUCUGAUUCAUCAAGAACGCGAAGGAGAACAAAUUGACCGAACUCUGGUCAAGAAUGUUUUGGAUAUAUUUGUUGAGAUCUGGAUGGGGAGAAUGGAUCUUUAUGAGAAUGACUUUGAAGCAGCCAUGCUCAAGGACAGUGCAGCCUAUUAUUCUCAAAAAGCUUCAGAGUGGAUCUCAAAAUAUUCUUGGCCAGAUUACUUGCUGAAAGCAGAGGAAUGGUUAAGACGGGAGAAAGAUAUUGUUUCUCAUUACUUGCACUCUAGUAGUGAGCCAAAGUUGUUGGAGAAAGUUCAACAUGAGUUGUUGUUUGUGUAUGGGACUCAACUGUUUGAGAAUGAGCAUUUUGGAUUCCAUAUCUUACUUAGAGAUGAUAAGGUGGAGGAUCUGUCUAGAAUGUCCAGGCCCUAUUUUUAUGCACGCCCAGGCUUAAUUCUUGUUUCAAAUGUAUUUAAACAGCAUGUUACUGCCGAAGGAAUGGCACUAGUCAAACAGGCUGAAGAUGCUGCAAGCAAUACGGCAAAGAAGGAUGUGGCCGAUUUGCAGGUUUUUGUUAGGAAAUUCAUUGAGAUACAUGACAAAUAUUUAGCAUAUGUUUAUGGCUGCUUUCAAAACCACUUUCUUUUUCACAAGGCCCUUAAAGAGUCUUUUGAGGUCUUCAACAAGGGUGUUGCUGGAAGCUCAAUUGCAGAGCUACUUGCCACUUUUUGUGAUAACAUUAUGAAAAAAGGUGGUAGUGAGAAACUAAGUGACGAAGCCAUUGAGGAGACACUAGAAAAGGUAGUAAAGCUGUUGGCAUUUAUACGUGACAAAGACAUGUUUGCGGAAUUCUAUAGGAAAAAGCUUGCCUGCCGCCUUCUUUUUGACAAGAGUGCAAAUGAUGAUCAUGAUAGAUUUAUGUUGACAGAACUGAAACAGCAAUACGGAAGACAUUUCACUUCAAAAAUGGAGAGAAUGCUGACAGACGUGACUUUGGCAAAGGAAAACCAAACCAGUUUUGAGAAGUAUCAGUGUGAUAAUGCUCAUGCAAAUCUAGGGAUUGAUUUGACGGUUACUACUUUGACCACUGGCUUUUGGCCAAGUUACAAAUCUUUUAACCUCAAUCUUCCAGCUGAGAUGGUAAAUUGUGUUAAAGUUUUCGAGGAAUUUUAUCACACAAAAACAAAGCACAGAAAACUUACAUGGAUAUACUCCCUUGGUAGUUGUACUGUAAGCGGGAAAUUUGAACCAAAAUCCAUUGAUCUGAUUGUGACGACUCAUCAGGCUUCUGCAUUGCUUCUAUUCAAUUCCUCAGACAGACUGAGUUUUUCUGAAAUCAAGACUCAGUUAAACUUGAGUGAUGAUGAUGUUGUUAGGCUGCUGUAUUCCCUAUCAUGCGCCAAGUAUAAGAUCCUCAACAAAGAGCCGAGUACAAAAACUCUCUCUCCUACUGAUUAUUUUGAGUUCAACUCAAAGUUUACAGACAAAAUGAGGAGGAUCAAGAUCCCUCUCCCACCUGUGGAUGAGAGAAUGAAAGUAAUUGAGGACAUUGACAAGGACAGACGAUAUGCCAUUGAUGCCUCAAUUGUGCGAAUCAUGAAGAGCCGUAAAAUGUUGGGUUAUCAACAACUGGUUAUGGAGUGUGUUGAGCAGUUGAGCCACAUGUUCAAGCCUGACGUCAAGGCGAUUAAGAAGCAGAUUGAAGAUCUUAUAGUUCGAGAUUAUCUGGAAAGAGAAAAAGAUAACCCUAACAUGUUCAUGUACGUUUCAUAAUGUGGCCUUGAUAAUUUCCUUUUGCCAAAUGAAGUGAUGGCUAUCACUAAUAGGUAUUCAACUUUUGUUCGUUAAUUCUAAUGUUUUUCAACUUUUCUCAACUAAAAUCUGAGCUAUUGGAAUGGUUUUGAGUUUUAGUGUGAAUCCUUCCGAUCAUUUUGUCUACUUCAUAUUAUAAAUGGCAACUAUUUGUUGUCUUUACUGAAUAUGGUAUGCAGUGUUGUUCAA